AUGGCGACGGUCAAUGGCGACGUAAGUUUUGACAGCAUACCAGACGCCAUAGAAUCCUUCGCAAAUGGAGAAUUCAUCAUAGUCAUGGACUCUACGCAUCGUGAAAAUGAAGGAGACCUCAUCAUCGCCGCGCAAGAUUUGACGCCCGCAAAAGCAGCUUUCAUGAUCCGAUACUCCUCAGGUUACCUCUGCGCGCCCAUCAUGCCGUCGCUGGCCGCACGUCUAGAGCUCCCGCAGAUGGUGACUCACAACACCGACCCGAACAGAACCGCGUAUACGAUCACAAUCGAUGCCAACGAAGACAUCACAACCGGUAUCAGCGCUCAAGAUCGCAGCGUGACGUGUCGGAAGUUGGCGGAUCCCGCAGUGCAAAAGGAUUGGUUCAGACGGCCAGGUCAUAUUGUGCCAUUGCAGGCGCGUGAAGGAGGUGUGAGAGCACGAGCUGGGCAUACGGAGGCUGCUGUAGAUUUCUGUCGACUUGCAGGCAAAGAGCCUGUCGCUGUCAUUGGAGAAAUGGUAGAGGAUGGUGAAGAUGUCUUGGGCAAAGCUGAGAUGACUGGUGGCUUUGGAAUGAUGAGAAGAGAUGGAUGCUUGGCUUUCGCUCGCAGGCACGGGUUGAAAGUGGUCACCAUUGAGGAUUUGAUAAAAUACUUCGAAGCAGAUGCAACAAAAGCAAUCGCAUAA